AAGAGUCCCAACUACUGUCAUUUGCGAUUUGCGUUCAAUAUCUGCCGGUUGUGGGUCUGAACGAGCCUUUUUGUAAAACCAACGAGAAAUACAUUCAUCGUUGUACCAGCAUUAGAAAUUGAUAUAUUAAUUAGCAAAUCAACUUCAAAUAAAAGACCACAAUUGCUCAGGAACAUGGAGGGAUCAGCAGAAACACAGGCAUCAGAGAGUCCGGACGACAUGAUGAGUAAUCCAAGACCAAGAAAAUGGGGAGAAGAUCUCGAUGAUUCGUUUUAUCCUGCUAGCUCUGGAAACAAUGCAAUCAUCAAACAAAUAUUGGAGAAACAGACACUGGGAGAAAGUAUUCCAGAUGGGGUAAAUCAGGAGGGGACUAUCAAGGUUAAGGAUUUGAACAGCAGAAAAUUCAGGGUGACUAUUACUGUGCAAGUCAGGUCAGUCCAUCCAGGCGGUAUGAUAAAAACUAAAAACGGAAGACAUUGUCUUGCUUUCACAGUUGGUGAUGAGACUGGAGAAAUAAAGGUCAUGGCCUGGGAAGAAGUUGCAAUACCUCUGUCAAACCUACUCGAGGUUGGACAGUCCAUAAAAAUAAUGGAGGGGCAUGUGGAAAGUUCAAGAUACGACCCAACACAAUAUCUCAUAACAUUGAGUCAAGGUAGCACAGUUGAAGUUGAUAAAGGGAAUGGAGAAACUUAUGUGGUUGGUGCUCGUGGAUGUCAACCAUCUUUAGUUCGAUCGACAUCUGACACAAAGCUAGAUGGACUUCAACAAAAAAGACUCUGCUUAUCUGGUGGAAUAAAGAAGAAAGUCUCUGCAUUAACAUCUGCACAAAACUGUGACUGCAUCGAAUUAGAAGUGAAGACUAUGUUAACAAAUGGAGUUAUUUUGAGUUCGACAGGCAAACAGUAUCUGCGUUUUAUUGGUAAUGAUGACACUGGAGAAAUUUGUUGUUCAGUUUUUGAGCCUCAUUCUCGCACAGUAGGUCCUCUUAUUCAGGUGGGAGUUUAUCUUCAAUUGAAAAACAUAAAAGUCAAGGCUGUCAACACAGCCUACUCCACAUUCUGUAACAAUGAUUUUGAGAUUGUUCUUUAUUCUGAGAGUCGCAUAGAAAUUCUGGAAGAAAAGACUAGACAGGUUGCAGCAACUGGUGAAAUAUCUCCAAAGCAGGUAGAAGAGCAAAAAGCUUCCGAGCCUAUCAAGGACCCCGAGAUUCAACCAAUGGAGGUAGAAUCAACGAACCUUCCUGGUGCAAUCGCAACAGCAGCUGCUGGAAGCUGCUUAUCUCGUGUACAAAAGCAGAAAAUCAAUGAAUUAACACCUAAAUCGCGCUGUAUAUGCAUCGAAUUGCAAGUGGCGGUGAUGUUAACAGAUGGAGUUGCAACGAGUUGCGGGGGGCGGAAGUACGUCCGUUUCAUUGGUAGUGAUGAUACCGGAGAAAUUUGUUGCUCAAUUUUUGAGCCGCAUUCUCUCACAGUGGGUCCUGACAUUCAGAAGGGAGUUUAUCUUCAAUUAGAACGUCCAAUACUCAAGCCUGUCAAUAGACAAUACACCGUUUGGUGCGAGAAUGCUUUCGAAAUUAAUCUUUCUCAUAGUGGUAGCAUCAAAAUUCUCAAAAAAGAGACUAAGCAGGUAGCAGCAACUGAUGAAACACCUCCCGAGCAGGCAAACGAGCAAAAGAUAUCAGAGUCUAUUGAACAACCCGUAAUUCAAGCGACAGAGAUGAAACCAAAUGUCCCGACUGAUGAAAUUGUUCCAACCGUUAUGACACUGGCUGACAUAAUUAGAAGGCCCCCACAUUUUGGUGAAAGUUACACGUUCAAGGCAUAUAUUGGACUCGAAGUGAAGUGCUUCGUGUUCCCAGAGCUUCUCACAGACUAUGAACUACCUAGACAUUAUAUUUUGUUGAUUGGAAAAGGGGCAGUCGGGGAAAUUUGUUGUUCAAUUUACAAUCCCCAUAAGAUUGCCGGAGACAUUAAAGUGGGUACAUAUCUGAAAAUGAAAGACGGGCAAUUGAAAGCUGUAGACCACAGAUGGCCCAUGUACUGCGAUAAUCCUUUCGAGAUUGUGAUAAAUGGAGGGGACAAUAUCGAAAUUGUAAGGGAGCUGAGUGGAAGUGGAGAAGACAGAAUUGUUAAUCUUGAUUAUUUGGAUCAGCUGGAAGAUCAGAACCUCUACGAUUUCGUUGAUGUACUUGGAGUGCUGUGUCGUUUCGAGAAUCUUCAAAACGUUCUAUUCGCCCCUCUUCCUGCAAUAGUAAUUACGGAUAGCUCUCGUGUUCAGGUACCUAUAAUUUUCGCUAGGUUAUCCUGGAUGGAUCGCUCCUUAUCUGUUAAUACGAUAGUCAAAUGCUGCAACCUACAAGUGCGCAAAUUCCGGGGAAAUUACCAACUUCACUUCGUGCCGGGAAAAUCAAGAAUCACACAACAACAGACAGACGAACUAAGCGAGGACGACAGCUAACGGAAAAUAUCCAAUAUAUUUUUUUCAAUUAAUCAAAAACCCUGCGUCGAGAUUCAAAAAUUAACUCUCCAGCAGUACUUAUCAUUGAAAUCGAGUUUCUGCUCUCACAUCGCCCUGAAGACUAAUACGGAUGCAAAUUGAUGUCCAAAAGAGAAACUAUAGUAUUUUGGUAUUAUUCUGAUUUAAGUGUUUAAUUAGAUAAGAUUCAAAGUUUUGUACCUUUCGUUUACAAUUAAAAUGUUUUUUUAUUAUUUUUUGUUAC